UAUCUUUCUGUAAAUCCACCUUCGGCAUAAAAUCCCCUUCAGGCUUCGGUUGCUGCGCCAUAAUUACGCCCUGUUCCUGAAACCCACACCGUGCACUGCUCAAUCAAAGGACAUCCUGGGAGACCAAGUUGAAAAGUUUAUCCAAUUCAGGAGAUCUGACCAUAAUAACCCUCAGAAUAUUAAUACGAUGGAGAAUCGUCAAGACGUCGAAAUGCUGGAAGCAACAACGUCGGCUAAUGCUUCUAUUUCUGUGAGAAAAACAAAUACCGCAUCAGCGUCGUCAUCUUCGUCCCUUCCUGUUCCUUCUGCUGCUGGAGGUGGUCCUUUGUCGAAAGGAAGCAUUUUGGUUAACCCUCGACAGAGAGGAAAUCCUGUUUUGAAGCAUAUCCGAAGUGUACCUUGGGAAUAUGAUCCGAACAUCCAGCCAGACUAUGUUGUUGGCGCAACGGCGUGUGUUUUAUUUCUGAGCAUUCGAUAUCAUAAUUUGCACCCGGAUUAUAUUCACGAUCGGUUAAAGGAGCUGAGGGGUGCGUAUGAUCUGCGUGUAUUGUUGGUUCAGGUUGAUGUUGCAGAUCCAUACCCAAUAUUGAAAACGUUGUCUCACAUUGCAAUGUUGGCAGAUUUGACGAUUCUUAUGGCUCAUGGGGCUGAAGAAGCUGCCAAGAUUUUGGAAAAUUACAAAGUUUAUGAAAAUAAACCCCCAGAGUUAAUUCAAGAGAAACAAGAUCCUAGUAUUAUGCAGCAAGUAAUUGAUUCCUUAACUUCGAUACGUUCUGUGAACAAAACGGAUGCGAUGACAUUACUACGAGUUUUCGGCUCACUUGAUUCGUUGAUUGAAGCGUCCCCAGACAAAAUUGCUUUGUGUCCUGGAAUUGGGCCACAAAAAGCACAAAGGAUUUUCUCUGCACUUCAUGAAAAGUUUAAGCUAACCUAGCUAUUUAUCAUACAAACCUAAUAAGUACCUACUAUUUGAUAAUUAAAUAAUAAUUAAGAGAUAUAAUUUAUAUUUCUAUACUUCAAAUAAAUCUUCUGUAGUGUAUGUAUGCCACUACUCUAUAAA